AUGCGAAUUCACGAAGUACGAGAACUUAAUGACGAGCAACUCCAGGAGGAGUUGGCCAAGGCCGGCCGUGAGUUGAUGAACCUGCGGUUCCGCGCUGCGACCAAUCAGCUGCCCAACUCCAAUGAACCUGUGACAGUUAGAAGAACCAUUGCCCGCCUGCGUACGGUGAUCCGCGAGCGGCAGAUAUUGGAGGGCCGUUAG